AUGGCGUCGACUACUGCUGUAUCUUCUCGCUUCACAAACCUUAACGGGCUUUGCGACCGGAAAAAGCCUUUCCCUUCUUCAGUUCCUCUAGGUAAUCUAAAUUUAAAUGCAAAUGUUGUUGGUAAGCAGCUGUUGUCUUGGUCUGGAAAUCAGAAAUUUGAACGUGAUUACAGAUCUUUCCGUGUGUAUGGUUUAUUUGGAGGGAAAAAGGAGAAUAACGAGAAGAGCGAAGAUGCACCUUCAAAGGCAGGAAUUUUUGGAAACAUGCAGAACUUAUACGAGACUGUAAAAAAGGCACAAAUGGUUGUCCAAGUUGAGGCAGUUCGGGUGCAAAAAGAACUUGCCGUAGCAGAGUUUGAUGGCUACUGUGAAGGUGAGCUGAUCAAGGUAACACUCUCUGGGAACCAACAACCUGUGCGGACAGAAAUAACUGAGGCUGCAAUGGAAUUAGGAGCAGAAAAACUUUCACUUUUAGUUACUGAGGCAUACAAGGAUGCACACCAAAAGAGUGUUCAGGCCAUGAAAGAAAGGAUGAGCGAUCUUGCCCAAAGCCUAGGAAUGCCACCAGGAGCUGGUGAGGGGUUAAAGUGA